AUGGCAGACGGUAAUGAUAAAAUUUCAAACCACGGUGAUAAUAUUUCGAACCUUGGAGGAAAUCCAAGCCAACAUAGUGAUGACAACCAGUCAAAAAAAAGUAAGGAGGACGAUCUUCACACUCGUUCCCAUGCCGCAUCAACCUUUAUAAACACUUCGAGGCAGAAUUGGAUUGCUACAGCUACUGCGAGGUGUAAUGUUCUAAUAGGCGAUCUCAACGAACAAUAUGAGUCUGCGCAAGAGCUUGCCGAGGAUCAAGGUUUGCCCUCCAAAAAAGCGACAAUCGCCAAAACCGAGUUAAAAGAUUUGGAAUUAAUAAAGGAAGAAUUCUGUAAAACGAAUUCCAACCUGAUCGAAGUAGUUUCCUCAGCCAAGGAGAAUCCGAUCGAAUACGAAGUAAGCCGUAUGCGUUUUAUGACUACUUAUCGUAAAACUCGUAAUAUUUUUCUUUCGAUGGAACCUAUACCUGACGAGUCAUCAGUGCCUAGCUCAAAAUCGAGUAAUUUGAAAAAUUUAAAAUUGCCAAAAGUUGAGAUUCCAAUUUUUGAUGGAACUUUUAAUAACUGGACCUCGUUUAAAAAUUUAUUUACGUCGUUAGUUCAUAAUAACAAUGAGCUUGAUAAUGAAGCAAAGCACCAUUUUCUUCAAACAAAAGUUUCCGGUGAUGCCGCAACAAUGAUUGUAAAUUUGCCUACUGAGGAAGAUAAUUAUGAGAAGGCUUGGUCUAUACUACUCAAACAUUACGACGAUCCGUUCCGGCAAAUCGACGCCCAUUUUAAUGCUCUUUGGAACUGCCAAUCUUCAAACAAGGGGUCGCCGACCCUGAAAGAGCAGAUGGUUCUUUUUAGACAGCAUACAGCUGGUCUUCAGGCUAUUUUUAGAAAGAACAAGAUCGAUGGUUUCAGUCAAAGCAUGCAGUAUUGGUUUCUCAAAAAAUGUGACAAGGGUACUCAUGCAGAGUGGCAACGUGAGCUUUCACGAAAUAAAAGUUUCCGAUCUCUCGACGAAUUCUAUGAUUUUAUGGACAAUCGUAGUGCCGCUUAUCAACGUACUUCGGCGAAUAAUGACACAUCAGCGAAUGGUAGCAAGACAGCUGUGAAACGUAAUCAUCAUGGUGUUGCAGUCGUCGGUGCCGCAGCUACGAAAUCGAAGUAUUGUGUAUUCUGUAAAUCAAGACAGCACUACAUUCCAGCCUGCCCAGACUACAGAAAUCUUUCUGCGCUCGAUCGUUUCAAGUUUGCAAAACGAAGCAAACUAUGCUUUUCCUGUUUCCGUUCAGACUGCCGCCCCAGCCGGUGUGCCAGACAAGUUUGCAGAAAAUGCCAAGGGGCUCAUAAUACGCUUCUCCACAUCUCGCCUGAAGAAUGGGCUACUUCAGCUCCACCUCGCCAACCAAAUUCGACACCAGCUCAGCAACAAGCUGAAUCUACAACUCCGAAUCAACGCUCUACUGAAGGUCACUCUCAGAAGUAGCUUAAUUCGAUAAUGAGAAAAAUCGUUGGAAGAAUGAAAUCUAAGUUUCAAGAAGAACUUUAUCGAAGGAAUAAUUUAUUUAUUUGAAUAUUGUUAGAAGUUGAAAAUUGUGCAACUUGAUAAUUUUACAUUUAUUUAUUUAUUCUGAAUAAUGAAUACCCCUACUGUUAGAUACGAAUUCAAGGAUCGAUCCGCCGUGAGGGUACUCUCACAACUAAACCCUUUGUGGUUACCUUUAAUUUACGUUGACUUAUAACUCAAUGACUACUCCUGGGGGUUGCUAUAUAAGCGUGCCUCGGAGCUUGCUGUAGGUUGGGUUAAUGUACAACCCAAGUCUUACUAGUACCAGUGAGACUGGAAUUACUAACAGUAGUGUUGCACAAUAUAAUAUGAAAACCUGCAGAUACGUACAUAAAUGAUCAAUCAAUUUCCACGAAGUUCUUUCUUUAUUUCAUCAGUAUUUGAUUUUUUGAAUUUGGGCACUCAUUUGAGUGGGGAGGAUGUUCGAGAACAUUUUAUUUUUAUUUUGAAAGGGUUAAAAAAUGAGUCGUUUUGCGUAUACGUAAUAUUGUUAUCUUGUAUGAGUCAUAUGUCGGGGUAUUUGUCAGCCCGAUCGGCCGGUUCGUUCGGCGCGCGCCACCUGUUAAUAUUUAUACGAUACCUACCAAAUUGUAAAAUGUUGCAUCAUUGUAAUUUUGUAACCUGCCGAAUAAAGAUAUGAUACAGUCCACAA